CUCUAUCUCUCUCGAAAUAUUGUCCAUACAUUUUCCAUAUUUUCUUAUCUCCCAAACACCAAAAAAAAACCCAAUAUAAAAACUUCGCACUGCACACCAUUUUAAGCACAUCCCAAAUAUUAGGUUUAAAUUUUCAUUCCCAUUAUGUCUCGCACCAAUUCAAAGCCAAUGAAGAUAGUUUUCAUCAGCACACAACAUGUAGAAACCGAUGCCAUGAGCUUCAAGUCCGUCGUCCAGAGGCUCACCGGAAAAGAUUCCGUGGUGGUGGAGUCGGGUGGAGCUCAGCCUGGAGUGACGGAGAUGGGUGGCGGUGGCAGUGGCGGCGGCCGUGGUGGUAUGGGGUUGUCAAGGGGAGGAGUGUCAUUUAAGGGGCUUGAUGGGAUAUUGCUUAUGGAGCUGCCUCCUUCGGAUGAACUCUAUUGGCUUUCUGGAGAUUGAGAAUAUAUAUAAUUUUGUUAUAUUCAUUAAUCAUAUUAUUUGAUUAUUUGUAUGUAUAAUUGUAUACUAGUGAUAUUUUAUAAUUUUGUACUAUACCAGUUAGGUAUGUGUAUAUGUAUAUAUGAUAAUUUUGUUCUAUAGUUUAUUCCUGUUUGAAUAAAGAAACUCUCUCUCUCUC